AUGCAGAAGAAUCUUGUGCAUUAUGGGAAACAUCUUGUGGCAAUAUUUAAAUCAGUAGCAUAUGCGUAUAGAUCUGAGGAGUUCCAUAGGAAUUUUACUGCGCUCCAAGUACUUAAGCCUACAGCACAUAGACAUUUAUUCGAUGUUGGGGAGCAUAGGUGGGCUAGGUCGAAGUGCCUCGUACGACCUAGCAGUUUCAUGACCUCGAAUGCAGCGGAGUCUUUGAAUAGUCAUUUGUUGUGGGCUCGUUGUCUACCGAUAUGCUCGUUGCUUGAGUGUUAUCGAAGUAUUGUGGAGAAAUGGUUUGAUGAACGACAUGUAAGUGUUAUUGGAAUAUCACAUCAAUUGACUGAAAAAACCGCGUUGAAGUUGCAAGUGGCUGUGGAAACCGGGUGCCACUUGAUUGUUUGUGGGACGACCACCCAUAUGUUUACAGUCGAGCAAGAAAAUAAAUCGUAUGUGGUCGAUCUUCAGAACUUGACUUGUGAAUGUAAGGAGUUUGAAUUGGAUGGUAUCCCUUGUCGUCAUGUUUGUGCUGCUAUUAGGCGUGUUGGUUUACAAGUGACUGACUUUGUUGCCAAAUAUUUCCAUCAAUCUUCAUUGAUGGGGACUUACUUGCCUCACAUCAGGAUUGUUCCACAUACAUUGUUCGACCGCCCAAUUUCGUGGGACGGCAAGUAG